AUGAUCCAGGAAACUACUGCUCGCAAGCGAUCCUCUGGGUCAACCUCGAAGCGCAAGAAGUCGCAACGACUGAAAAUCAACCCUCCAAAGCCUCCACGGCUGAUUCUCCAUCCACCAAAGCCACCUCAACAAAAGCCAACUAAAUUGAAAAUGGUGCUACGGCCUCCUCCAAAGUCGCUUUCACUCGAGGUUGAUCAUUCGCCUCCUAGGUGGAAGGAAGUAACGCUUCUUGGAAAUGGUGAAGAUGCCUCGUAUGACUAUGGCGAUAUCUGUAAAGUCCAAUCCAUCAUGAAAGUCUUCAAUGGCACGUUGAGUGCGACCAGGAAAGUUGAGUCGAACGAGAAGAAGCUCAGCAGGGAUCCUCUACUGCCCAGCGACGUGACCACGACUGAGACGGAUACUAUGACUGAAGAUAUGAGGGCCAAAUUGGAAAUGAACGAUAUACUGCAAGAAGCCCUCAAGUGCCAUCAUUGCGAAAAGACCAUGCGCCUCAAACCAGAGGCCAUGGAGUCAGAUAUUCUCCACGGGAUUUACAGCUGUUCUGAGGAUCCCCCAUUCCUUAUCAGUCAACCCUGCGACGAAGACGAUGUGGCUCCAGAUGAAAUGCCCAAGGCAGUCAGCGAACCAGGCUAUCUGCAUUUGGCAACAACAGCCCAGCAGGAACAGUAUCUUCAGUUGGUGGAGAAGUUCAUCACCCGAAAUCGUGAGAGGAAGGUCUUUCGGAAUAUGCGAGAGGGAGUAGAUCAGGGCUACGAGUCCAAAUUCGCCUUUUACUGUGUGGACUACCAUAUUCACCAGCAUUUCAUCCACAGACGCAGUAUUCUCAACUACUGCCGAUCAAAUGAAGAGAUGGACGAGGUUCAAACAUGGAAGAAAGACCUCGCAAAAUGGGCUGCAAAAAACAACGCCCAGCUUGCCAGCCAACAAAGAGAAAUGCAGGACGAGAGUGAGUUUACCGUGACCACAUCCAGCACGACUGCUCCAAUCCAGGUCGCUCGAAAGGCAAAUCCUGGAUUGUUCGACCCAUUUUCCACAUCGACUACGUUCUCAGGGGAAGAGUCGUCAUCAUCCCGAAACUCAUCCAUCUUCUCAUCGUCUAUGAGCCAUUCUUCCCCUUCAACAGCAGCCUCAUCACCACCGAAAGCUGGCUCAUUACCCAAUACACCGCCACCAAUCACUAUCCCCUGGCCCAAGGAGCAAGCCGCAUUUUCGAAUCAAAUUAGCCUGCAUCGCCAUUUGACUAAUUCGCACGAAAGGGCAGCACGAGUCCUGCAAGUCCGCGAACGAUACCACAGAACCAUGAGAAAGCGCGCCGAACAACGCCGCGAUGGCCUCAUUAUCGCCAACUACGAAGCGGCAUUUGCGCUACAGAAGUGGCAGCGUGGGAGAGGUGGGCCGCUUGCCAUGCAACGACAGCGGAGUAUUGGGGAGUUGUUGAAUGAAUACAACCGUUGA